AGAUCAAAACGAGCAACAAGCAUCGCACACAGCUCAUUCAUUCAGUAAUUGCGAAUCUCUUUUCUCGGAAACUCUCUCCGGCUUUUCCUCCGUAACGGAGAUCGCUCUUCCCUUCCCGGCGAUCCCUCCACCAUGAGUACCGGCGAGCUCCUUGAUAUUCAACCGGAAGAACUGCAGUUUCCUUUUGAAUUGAGGAAGCAGAUCUCGUGUUCUUUACAGUUGUCUAACAAGACCGACAACUAUGUUGCUUUCAAGGUUAAGACUACAAAUCCGAAGAAGUAUUGUGUUAGGCCUAACAGCGGGGUUGUGUUGCCCAGGGCGACAUGUGAUGUUAUAGUAACAAUGCAAGCGCAAAAGGAGGCACCUUCUGAUAUGCAAUGCAAAGAUAAGUUUCUCCUUCAAAGCGUGAUUGCAAGUCCUGGAACUACCACAAAAGAUAUUAAUCCAGAAAUGUUCAGUAGAGAGGCAGGCCACAAUGUUGAAGAGUGCAAGUUGAGGGUUCUUUAUGUUACUCCUCCCGGGCCACCGUCUCCGGUUCGAGAAGGAUCUGAUGAGGACUCUUCACCAGAUUCAGUAUCGGAAAACGGACAUUCAAAUGUUACUGAAUUUACAGCUGCUUCAAGAAAUUUCAAUGGGCGGGAUGAACCUAUAGGUGCUGCUACGUUCGAGACUACGGCUCUUGUUUCGAAGGUGACUGAGGAGAGAAAUUUGGCUAUUGACCAACAGAGAAGGCUUCAGCAAGAACUGGAGCUCUUGAGGCGCCAAGUCAGUAGAAACCGUGGUGGAAUAUCGUUUAUGUAUGUCUUUCUUGUUGCUGUCAUUGGCUUCAUUUUGGGAUACUUCUUGAAGAGGACAUAACCAAAGCAAUCUCCAGAAACUGCCCUGAAAUAAUGUGAGUGAGCAGCAAAAACUGUUUAUUUGUAUUAUUAUCGGCGCCUUAUGCUUCUAGAAAUUUGUAUUGACAUAAUAGAUAGUUGUUCUUUUGAGUUACUGACACUAGACAUGUUGAGGAAGUUUCCAUUUGAGAACCUUGUUAUUUGAUUUGCCAAAUUCAGGAAAAACUUUUAGUAGCUUUUGCCA